AUGCUGGAUACCAUGACCUGGGAACAGUGGAAGGGCGCUCUGGGUCCCAAGGUGCAAGACACCAAGAACCUAGACGACCUGUUUGCAGGGCCUGAUGUCGACCUUUUCAUUGUCCUGUCUUCGGUGACUAGUGUCGUCGGAAACAUGGGCCAGAGCAACUACACGGCGGGAGGGACCCAAAGUGAGGCUGCGGUGGUGGAGGCGCUGCGGGAGAGAUUGGCUGACAGUCUCGCCCUCGUUCCUUUGGGAAUCGAAACGGGCGUGCCGCUGUCGACGUACGGCGUGGAUUCACUAGUGGCCGUCGAGCUGCGCAACUGGCUUGGGACCAAUCUUCUCAAGAGCGACCAGGCGUGA